AUGCACGCAACUUGGCUCGCUGCUACAACCAUGUUUUUCGCCGCUGCCGCAACGCGUGCUGUGCGCCCAGCUGCUUCGCGUCCCUUGGCUCGUGUCGCUCGCUCUAGCGUGCUAUGCCGUGGCUUCGCCGCUGAAGCAGAUGCACCGACGUCUGCCUACAACAAGGAGAAGGAUGCAGAUGGAAAGUACACUGUCACACUGUUUUCUGGCGAUGGUAUUGGCCCCGAAGUGUCAGGGGCAGUCCAGGAGAUCUACCGUGCGGCAAACGUUCCUAUCAAGUGGGAAGAGGCAGAUGUGACGCCCUCGAUCAACAGUCAGGGAAAGCAGGUGAUCCCCGAAGAGACUGUCAAGUCAGUUCGUCGCAACACUGUCGCUCUCAAAGGACCUCUUGCCACGCCGGUCGGCAAGGGUCAUGUCUCGCUGAACCUGACGCUGCGCCGUACCUUUAACCUGUUCGCAAAUGUGCGUCCUUGUGUGUCGCUCAAGGGUUUCAAGACGCCGUACGAUGAUGUGAACACGGUGUUGAUCCGCGAAAACACAGAGGGCGAGUACUCUGGUAUUGAACACGAGGUCGUUGAUGGUGUCGUCCAGAGUAUCAAGCUGAUUACGUACGGUGCCUCGGAGCGCGUUGCUCGGUACGCAUUCCACCACGCGAAGCAGAACGGUCGUUCGCGCGUGACAGCUGUGCACAAGGCUCCGAUCAUGAAGAUGUCUGACGGCAUGUUCCUGAAUGCUUGCCGCAACGUUGCGAAGGAGUACCCGGAUGUUGAGUACGAUGAAGACCUGCUGGACCGUGCGUGCUUGAGCAUCGUGCGCGACCCAACGCCGUACUCUGACCGUGUCAUGGUGAUGCCCAACCUGUACGGGGAUAUCCUAUCUGACAUGUGUGCCGGUCUGAUUGGUGGUCUUGGUCUCACUCCCUCCGGUAACAUUGGUCGUGACGCCUCGAUCUUUGAAGCUGUGCACGGCUCAGCUCCUGACAUUGCUGGCAAGGACAAGGCUAACCCAACGGCCCUGCUCCUUUCGUCUAUCAUGAUGCUGCGUCAUAUGAACCUCUUUGAACAUGCCGACAAGAUUGAGAAGGCCAUCUUUGACACCAUCGCUGCAGGCGAGCGUACGGGAGAUCUAGGUGGUGACCUUGGAACGAGGGCAUUCACGGAGCGCAUCAUCUCGCGCCUUUAA